AGCAUCGGCAUCGCUCAUCACGGCUUCGCCGCUCCUCGACGGUCCACACCCGCCAAGAUGGAUACAGUGGCUCAAUCAAAGAGCUCGCAGCCAUAUACUCGUCACCUGCUACAGUUCACGCCGCCGUCUCACAAAGUCCCUCUAUCCUUCGUCUUCCUUGUGCUCCUCCUGGUACGACUGUCAGCGGCUCUCUUCUCGCUCAUCUCGGACUGCGACGAGACCUACAACUACUGGGAAGCAUUGCAUCUGGUCCUGUUUGGGCAGGAUGGCAGUACUGCUACCAAAAGCUUCAAGACUUGGGAAUAUGACCCCAACUUCGCCAUUCGCAGCUGGGCUUAUAUUCUGCCUCACGCUGCAGUCGGCUGGCUAGUCAAGAACCUUGGGGCUAGCAAGCUUCAAGUCUUCUAUGGCAUACGCACUUCACUAGCAUUUCUCUCUGCCUUUGUUGAGGCACGCUUCGUUAGCACGGUGGCUGACGCGAUCAACCCGCGGUGCGCCUGCUUCCUCUUGUGCAUGCUGGCUUGUAACGCUGGCUUGUGGUCUGCAAGCGUAGCUUUACUGCCUUCGAGCUUCACGCUCUAUACGACGACACUUGCGCUCUCGUACGCUAUACAGCCAACUAGAUCCUCAUCCGAAACAUGUCCCACCAGUCGGUCUCUCCCUUUCACAGACAGGAAUCGGCUUCUCAAGGCAACUGCGAGCUUCGCACUGGGUGCGCUCCUCGGCUGGCCUUUCGCAAUUGUGUUGUCUUUCCCAUUCGUACUGGAAGAGAUUCUCAUCCCAAGCGGCAACCUCGUGCGAGGGAGCCAAAUUGGCUCCUUCGUAGUAGGCCGGAUCUUGUCCUUUGCAAAGGCUGCCCUCACGGCCUCUGUACUGGCAGUCCCUAUUCUGCUCAUCGACUCCCUCUUCUACGGCAAGGCGGUUCUCGUUCCGCUGAAUAUAAUUAUCUACAACAUCAUGUCGACAAAGAGAGGAGCGGGCCCUGAGCUAUAUGGAGUAGAACCUCCUACCUUUUACCUGGCUAAUUUAGCUCUGAAUGCUGGCCCAGUCAUACUCCUACUAGCGCUUGCCGCAAUACCCCUCUUAGCGGCGACCAGACUGCUCGACUCACGGCGCCUGUUGGGAGCAGAAGAGGGCAGCAAGGACCACAAGGAGAGCUCGUCAUCAGCAUUGAUAGGAUCGACAAGACUGACACUGCUCCUCUUCCGCAUGGCGCCCUUCUACCUCUGGCUCGGUCUCCUGAGCUCUCAACCUCACAAGGAGGAGCGCUUCAUGUUCCCAGCGUACACCGCUAUGUGUCUCAACGCGGCUGUCGGGCUAGAGCUCGGCGUGGGUCUAGCAGAGAGAGCGAUGCUUUGGCUGUCCUCUCAGACAUCCGAGCAGAAGACAACUCCUCCUGCUCGCCUCCUCUACUUUCCGAGCUUGGCGUCCCUGGUGGUCCUGCUGAUUUCCUCUGUCUUUGCGCUUCUGCGGAUAGGCGCAAGCAUCUCUGCUUACCAUGCACCGUUCACAGUACUCUCCCCGCUCUCGGCAGAGGGAAGCAGGAAGGAGAUUACAAGCCUCUUCCCCUCUACAUCAUCCGUGCAAAAUGACGAAGGCUUGACUAUUUGCUACGGCAAAGAAUGGUACCGUUUCCCAAACAGCCUCUUUCUCCCACAAGAAGUCAGCGGAGCAUUCAUCAAGAGCGAAUUCGACGGCAUCCUCCCCAAGCAUUUCGAACAGUCCGAAAAGGAAUCCUCUCCACGAGAAAAUCCAUUGCCGCUUCUCCUCUACGGGCUGGAUGUUUUCACGCCCUACAUUUCCUCUUCGCUUCCUCCCCUGCUUGAAAUGACGCGCAAUCAGCAGACAGGGUUUAAUGAUUUGAAUCAGGAGGAGUGGGACCGAUACGUCUCUCCAGAGACGCAAUGUCACCUCUUGGUAGACUCGGACGAUUCAGCAUACAAUUUUGCAAGCAUCCCGCCCAAGUACGAGCCGAGAUAUGUGCAGGACAGGAAGAAUUGGCAGAAGAUCAAGUGCGAGCGCUUCCUCGACUCCGAGGCAACCAAGAGCUCUCCGGCUCCGGGCGGAUCGAUUGGCAAGGUGAAGACGACAAUUGCGAGGCUGCUUUGGACGCCGAAGAGUUGGAGAAGCGGGCUGAAGUACAGAGACUACUGUCUGCUAGCGAAUAAAAGGUUGAUGAAGGACGCAGCCGAGGUAGGAGUGGAUGUAUAGAUGCAUAGAUGAACAUGUGUGAGAAGUGGGGUAUGUAGUUACAAUAUCAACAAGUCUUCUCCUACC